AUGGAGCAAGAAACCGCGGACAGCAUAGUGGCGGCGCUAAAGCUAGCUAUCGAAGAGCAAGGUUCUACCAUCGGAAAGUCCAUUGAUGAGCUGAAACGAUCUGUUGAUUUUCUCUCGGCAGAGGUACAAGACAUAAAAGGGACAGCAAGGAAAACUGAACAAAGAGUAGACAAAGCUGAAGAAAUGAUCCAACAGCUUGAAAGCAAAGUGGUUGAAUUGGCGCGUUACAAGCGUAGAUGGAAUUUACGUUUGCGUGGGCUGCAAGAGAGAGAAGAUGAAGAAGUGAGGCGCGCUGUGAUUGAGAUUUGUCAAAACGUAGCCCCAGGCUACAAGGACAAAUUUAAGGAUGUGAUAGACUCUGUGCAUAGGCUCGGUAGACCCAAUUCAACCAGGUCCCAACCGAGAGAUAUUAUCAUCCAGUUCUCUAUGAGGCACUAUCGCGACGCCAUUUGGAAGAUGUCAAAGAACCAUGAUCAUCUGAAACAACGACUUCUGCGCUUCAAGGAGGACCUGACGCUGGAGGACCGCGAAAAACGAAAUCGUUUGUGGCCCCUCAUCCAGAAGGCCCGGGAGGAAAAGAAGAUUGCCUACUUUGUCGGGGGAAGAGCCUUUAUCGACAACAAAGAAAUAUUUUGA